AUGGAUCCUGAACAAAGCCAGAAAAGCACAAAAAAGGCUGAGGAAAGUCCCAGAAAGAGGCUUACCAAAGGAGAGGCUUUCCAAUCCAGUAUUUCAUCUGCCUCUGUGUAUCAGGGCAGCUCUGCUUCUUCGCAAGCAACCCCUCUUCGUGAUAUCAUAUCACAGCAGCACUUUUCUAGCUCCUUGCCAAUUCCAAGAGAGGAAUCUCAGGAGAAAACUGGACAUCAGAAGCAACCCAAGCAUUCCUCUUUUGAGCACUCUCCCCACGUUUCACAGCUUCAGCAGCAUCCACUAUCACCAGCAUUUAUGUCUCCUGGAAAACCAGAGCAGAUCCUUGAAGGGCCCACAUGGCAGCUAGUCGAUCCAGUAAGACCGGGUCCUUCUGGCUCUUUUUCAUCACCUGGGCUUCAUUCUCAUCACAGCCAGCUCAUACCUUCCCAUUCACCAAUCCUUCCUGGAGAGGACAUGCCAUCCGUUCAAAAAGUCUAUAUCCCUCGACCUUCCCAAGUUUCCUUAAAACAAACUGAGGAAGUGCACAAGAAGGAGAAGAAACCUCAGAAGCCAGGCAAAUACAUUUGUCAGUACUGCAGUAGGCCUUGUGCAAAGCCAAGUGUCCUCCAGAAACAUAUCAGAUCACACACAGGUGAGCGGCCAUACCCUUGCAUUCCAUGUGGCUUUUCUUUUAAGACUAAAAGCAAUUUGUAUAAACACAGGAAGUCUCAUGCUCAUAGAAUAAAAGCGGGGCUGGCCUCAGGAAUUGGAGCAGAGAUGUAUCCUUCCAGUUUGGAAAUGGAAAGGAUCGGUGGGGAGGAAUUUGAAGAACCUACUGAAGGAGAAAGCACAGAUUCAGAAGAGGAGACAAGUGCAAUGUCAGGUCAUUCAGUAGAACUAUCACCCAGGCGACAGCACACCCUGUUAUCUAGUAGUUUGCAUAGUCUAGGAAGCCAAGGUUCCAGCCACGACCGGUGUUCAUUAUCCCAUUCCAGUAUGUCUCAGUCUCUUGAGGACAACACGCAGUUUGUGGAGCCUUCAUCUGAUCAUGCUUUGAGCCACAAAUCAGAAGAUACACAUACUAUAAAACAGAAGCUUGCACUCCGAUUAAGUGAAAGGAAGAAAGUGAUAGAUGAGCAGGCAUUCCUUAGCCCUGGCAGUAAAGGAAGUACAGAGUCAGGCUACUUCUCGCGAUCAGAAAGUGCAGAACAACAGAUCAGCCCGCCAAAUACAAAUGCAAAAUCUUACGCAGAAAUUAUUUUUGGGAAAUGUGGGAGAAUUGGGCAAAGGACAGCAAUGUUAGCUGCAACCACAACCCAGGGGUUUCCGCACGUGUCCACUGAAGAUAAACCUAGCAUGGUACCAUUGUCUGUGCCUAGAACACAGGUUAUUGAACACAUCACUAAGCUAAUUACAAUUAAUGAAGCUGUUGUAGAUACCAGUGAAAUAGAUAGCGUGAAGCCUAGAAGAAGUUCGUUAUCUAGACGUAGCAGCAUUGAAUCUCCAAAGUCUGGUGUAUAUAGAGAACCAUUUCAGUUUGACAGCAAGUCUGGUUCCAGUAGCCAGUUGAAUGCAUCAAAAUCAUUGACAUCCCACGGUGAAAAAAUUAAGCCUGAACAAUCAUUGUUAUCACUUCAGCAAUCCCACAGUGCCACAGAGACAGUGCCUCUCCUAAGAAGCCACUCAAUGCCUUCUGCUGCCUGCACUAUAAGCUCCCCUCAGACCUUUAGAGGUAGUUAUUCAUUUGAUGACCACAUCAUGGAAUCUGAUGUCAUAAGCCGCAGUCAAGUGUUUUCUUCACAUCCUCGAAUGCUAAAACGACAACCAGCUAUUGAGCUACCUUUGGGAAUGGAAUAUGGUUCAGAGGAGGUUAGCUCAGUAAGCAAAGAAACCAUUUCCAAACCUGCCGAAGAACAAGAAAUCAAGGAAAGUGAUCUGACCAGAAAGUCAAGGAAGGGUCCAAAAGUUAAAGGGUUCAUUUAUGAGUGUAAUAUCUGUGGUGCUCGAUACAAGAAAAGGGAUAAUUAUGAAGCGCAUAAGAAAUAUUACUGUUCGGAACUUCAGAUCUCGAAGCCUCGUUCUUCCAGUUCCCAUACCUCUGCAGAUGCUGAGAAAAGUCUUGUGGAUCCUGAUACAUGGCCGCAGAUGAUGCAUUACAAGCUGGGGACCGGUUUAGAGCUUACUCCACUCAGAAAAAGACGAAAAGAGAAGAGCCUUGGUGAUGACGAGGACCCUCCAGCUUUUGAGUUGCCUGAAACUCCCUCAUCCAGCAUGAGGCCAGUAAGUCAGUUUACUAACCCAGCAUCAUCGGAUGUUGCUUUGAACUUACCCCGUGAGUCCAUUAAGUCACCAGCCGAUACAGGUAAAGCCAUGCCGCUCACCGAAGUCAGUGCUGGCUUUCACUCCAGAACUACAAAGCCAGCUUCUAGUACAGAAAGCAAAGAGAGAAGAAAAACUUCAAAAGAGAUCUCUGUCAUCCAGCAUACAAGUUCCUUCGAGAAGUCUGACUCUAUAGAACAGCUGAGCAGCUUGGAAGCAGAAGAAAAACCUAUAUCACAGUAUUCAUCUCAGCCAGCAAUGCAGCACAGUAGGCCAUCUCAUUCCCUGCAGCCAAAGCUGGUACGCCAACCCAACAUCCAGGUCCCUGAGAUUCUUGUCACUGAAGAGCCCGAUAGACCUGAAACCGAGCCUGAGCCACCUCCUAAAGAGCCAGAAAAAACUGAGGAAUUUCAGUGGCCUCAGAGAAGCCAAACUCUCUCCCAGCUUCCUGCUGAGAAACUCCCACCAAAAAAGAAAAGGCUGCGGCUGGCAGAAAUGGCUCAGUCUUCUGGAGAGUCCAGUUUUGAGUCUGUCUCCCUGACGAGAAGUCCAAGUCAGGAAAGUAGUAUAUCCCAUGGCUCCAGCCAUUCCAUUUCAUUUGAUCGUGAAGAAUACAGUAAAUCCGAGGCUGUCAGCCAGCCCUCCGAAUCCCAUACUAAACCCCUUGGCAUUGGCUCACAUAUGUUAAUGGUACCGAGCCACCAUCAUCAUUCCAGGGAAAUGCGAAGAUCUGCUUCUGAGCAGACCCCUAAUGUGUCUCAUCCUUCUCAGAUGUCGGAGCCCCGUAGUAAAUCAUUUGACUAUGGGAGCUUGUCGUCCUCUUCUGCUUCAACACCUGGCCCUUCACUUUCCUCGGCUCCACAGGAGAGGAGGAAGUGCUUUCUGGUUAGGCAAGCAUCUCUCACCAGGCAUCCAGAGCAUGAGACAGACUCAGCCCCAAAAGGAAGGCAAGAGACAGAAGAACCAUUGCCUUCUUCCAGUAAAUCUCCUGUCACCAGUUUGCCCCAUCAGCCUACAUCUUCGUCGUCCUCAUCCUCACAUGGAGAUAAGAGUCAGCCAAAAGAUAGCCCUCAGCAUGUGUACAGCCAGCCAUACUCUGAGGCUCUGCAGGUGUUUCAUCAUCCAAUGCCACAACUAGCCCUGCAUGAAAAACAGCGUAUGUCCCCACAAGUAUCUCUCUUCCCUUUCCAGCACCUUCUGCCGCAGCCGGGACAGUCUGCAGAGCUCUUCUCCACUCAUACGAUGUCCGACAUCCUCUCUGCUCAAUUUCCUAUGCCACAGAUUCCUCCCUCUAUAUUUCAGACACCACCACUUCCUCUCCAGCAGGCUCUUCUCCACCCAGGCCAGCUUCACGUUGUCCCUCCGUUAAUGUCACAUCCAGCAGAAGUACCAUUCAGGCAGCACUCUUCAUUCUUACCUGUCCAUUACCCGGGCUCCUCACCACUCCCUUCUGCAUUUUUUCUACCUCUACAGUCUCCGUUUGCUCUCCAGUUGCCGGGUGAGGUUGGUGGCCAUUUACCGCAGAUCAAAUCCAGUGUCUCUCCACCAGCAGGGGCCUCCAGCCUUUCUCCAUGCACAGAAUACAGCUCCGACAGCAGGUUACAUCCUUUGACCUGCACAGCCAGCCCUUCAGCCUCAGUCUCCACAUCUCAGCUGAUGGUUCCUACAUGUCCGGAUCCUAUGGUAUCACUUGUAGUCCCCGUUCGCAUUCAGACUAACAUGCCAACCUAUGGGAGUGCAAUGUAUACUACUCUUUCUCAAAUCCUAGUCACUCAGUCCCAGUGUAGUCCAUCUUCUAUUGUCCUUCCAAAGUUUGAUGAUCGCCAACCCAAGGGUGCCCUGGUGUGCAGCUCUGAUGUUCAUGGAAUAGGCUUCGAUUUGGCACAGAUGAUCACAGAGGAUCAAAGAAGCAUCUUCCAGACUCCGUAUCUGAGAGUGCCAUUGCCAUUACCAGAAAGGAAGGGCUAUAUGCCACUCACCUCCCCAUCAGAAAGUGUCCUGGGAUUGGAAGGGGGCUCAUCAACAGUUGGUGGAAGCAAGCGGAUGCUCUCUCCAGCUGGUAGCCUGGAGCUGACGAUGGAAACACAGCAGCAGAAAAGAGUGAAAGAGGAGGAAGUCUCUGAAGUGGAAGAAAAGUUGGAAGUGGUGAAGCCACCCAGUGCAAUAGAGGAGGGGAAAAAGCAGGAUAGAUCUCACUUUCUGGCAGAGAGCCAAGGCCGGCUUGAGGUUGAAACUCCACCUAAUUUGUCCUCUGAGCAAUCCGAGCCAAAGGAAAUCCCAAGUACUAUGCCACCAGCCUUGCCAUAUUCAGGUGCUUUGAGCUUUGAGGCACUGGAGGAAUACACACCACAAGCUGGCAAGCAGUUCCGAAGCAAGACACCUUUGCAGACAGUAAAGAAGGAAGACUCCAAAGAGCUGGCGGAACACCCCUUACCAAAUCCUCCGAGCCCAGCACCUCAUUCUGAUGUCACACAAAGUGCAAUGAAGUCUCGAGAAGGUACAGAUCUGAAGAAGGUAUUUCAGUUCCCCAGUCUCCACACAACUACUAAUGUCAGUUGGUGCUAUUUAAACUACAUAAAGCCAAAUCACAUCCAGCAAGUCGACCGAAGGUCCUCAGUGUAUGCCAGCUGGUGCAUUAGCUUGUAUAAUCCCAACCUCCCAGGUAUAUCCACUAAAGCAGCCCUCUCACUCCUGAGAUCCAAGCAGAAGGUGUGCAAAGAAAUCUAUACCAUGGCUACAGCUCCACGUCCAGAGACAGGCAGGCUUGUCCCGUCCAGCUCCAGGAAGCCAAAAAUGACGGAGGUUCAUUUGCCUUCACUCCUUUCCAAUGAAGGUCGAAAAGAUUUAACUAGAGCUGAGAAGGAAGAGGAUAAAAGAGGCAAAUCAGAAGAAGAGGCUCCCAUAUCCAAAAGAGGGGAGCCAGCCAGGAUCAAGAUCUUUGAAGGAGGGUACAAAUCAAACGAAGAGUAUGUGUAUGUGCGAGGCCGCGGAAGAGGGAAGUAUGUAUGUGAGGAAUGUGGAAUUCGCUGCAAGAAACCCAGCAUGCUGAAGAAACACAUUCGCACGCACACAGACGUCAGGCCAUACGUCUGCAAGUACUGUAACUUUGCAUUUAAAACCAAAGGGAAUCUGACUAAACAUAUGAAGUCAAAGGCCCACAGCAAAAAAUGUCAGGAGAUGGGCGUGUUGGUGUCUUCACUGGUGGAGCUGGAAGCUGAAGAAGGAACCAGUGAAGACCUAUUCCAAGAUUCCGAAGGGAGGGAGGGAUCCGAGCCUAUUGAGGAACACCAGUUUUCAGACUUAGAGGAAUCUGACGAUGACGAUGACAAUGAAGAUGAUGAAGAUGAGGAGGAAGAGGAGAGCCAAGAUGAGCCACCUUUAAAGUUUUCAGAAGCGAAACAUACCUCCCUUCCAAUGCACUCUUCGGGCAGCUCUCCAUCUGCUCCAGAGGAAUGCACCGGGGCAGCAUUGUCUUUAACACAAGAUAUUGUCUCCAGCAGCCAGCAAGUAGGCAGGGGCCACCAGACCACCUCCUCAGGGCUGGAAACACAAUGGUCAGCAGACAGUAGUGAAGUUGCUGUUUGCCACAGCUUCUUGAGUCUCCAUAGGCCAGCUUUGACCUCCAGUGAACAUUUGGCUUCUGCUGAAAGGGAAUCUGUCACAAAGCAGCACAUGUUCUUAGCUAUGGACCUGUCAACCUCAAAAGACACCUCCCCAAGAAAGAAAUGGUCUCCAGGCAAGGACCCUGGUGGUGGUGGCGGCGGCAGCAGGCCAAUGCUAGCUAGAAAGCACUUGUUAACCAAAAAUGAAACUUCACCUAAACGUUUCUCGCCAACUGGAGAAAUGUCUUCGCUACGGUGCCUGUCUCCAGGGAGAGGGAUGUCACCGUGUCAGCGCAUGUCGCCAAGAAGGGAGGCAUCUCCGCUGAGAUGUGUGUCACCAAGGCUUGAGCUGUCACCCGGAAGGCACCCUUCCCCAAGAAGAGAGUUAUCCCCAAGAACGUACCUCCCACCAGAGAGGGGGGUCUCCCCUGUGAGGCAUUUGUCUCCCAGCAAAGAGAUGUCGUCAGUCAGAUAUUUAUCACUGAAGAAAAUGUUGCCUCCAGUCUGUUCAGAGUCACUUUCUAGAUAUCCAUCCCCAGGGAAAGAGGACUUGCCUUGUAGUAGCAAAUCAGCUGCAGAUGACCAAGUUCAAAGCUCAUUAAAAGUCCAGCAUGGAAUAUUAGCGUCAAUGCCUCUACCUCACAGGUUCCUUGGCAAAAGUGCAGAGCUAUAUGAGUCCAAGUUGAAGAUAGAACCUCGAAGUCCAGCAUGUUCACCUGGCAUCACACAGCCUAUCUGCUCCAGACCCUUGCAAGCAUCCCAUGAACUACAUGUCCAUGCUCCGAGCCGAGGGGAAGAGAAUGUCUUCAGCCAUCUUCCGUUGCAUUCACAGCAGCUAACAAGGACUCCAUAUCCUAUGAUUCCAAUUGGGGGCAUCCAGAUGGUCCAGGCCAGGCCAAGUACCCAUCCCAGUUUGAUGCCCAAUUCAGUUGUGUCACUGCAAGCAGGAUAUUUUUCACCUGGUGGCAAUGGCAGCAGCAGCAGCUUUACAGAAUUCAGCCAGGCUGAGGAAAGGGGCAAGGAACCACAGGUCCCACAAGAAUCUUCAUCCGUAUCCCCAGCUGCGAAGGUUUCUAAAUACACACUGUCCCCACAGCUUAAAGGCAGCGGCUGCUUAGAAGAGAAAAUGAGGACUAGUGAGCAUCAGCAAAAGACAGAACAGGAGGAAUACAGGGUAAAAAAGUACGCUGAGCCCAGCCCCUCAGAGCAAGAAGGCUGCUCAGCUCCCACCGACUGUCCGAGCACAAAUUAUGAGCACUCUCCAAAGGCUUCAACAAGCGGGGAAGAACCCUUGAAAAAACCGGGCAAGAAGCAAUGUGGCAGCUCAAGCACUUACUUUGAAUCAUCCUGCACUUUCAUCUCAGAUUUCCCCACACAGACGUUGGACAGAAGCAGCAGCACCGGCUGCUUGUCGGAGCCCUCAUUGAGCCAUUCACACUCCCACCAGUUCUCCAUUAGGAGAAGGAACCUCUCGGGAGAGCCAAGUCACCAAGGGGGAACCCAUAGGAAGAGCAGCCCACACUUAGAACGCACACGGUUCAGUCAAACUCAAAGGCAGGUGGAUGAGAAUACAGGAAGUACUUAA